AGGGGGUGGCUCAAUUUACCCUUCGGCUCAACUUACCCCACUCUCCCCUAUGCUCCUUACUAACUGUUCGUUUAGCUGUCUUGUCUGUCAUUUGAUCGCCUUUUAAUUCUUGUACUAGUACCUAAAAAAGUCUCUUUUCUAAUCAAAGUCAUUUAUUAUUUCGUUUCGUAUGACAAUAUGAUAUUCUAUUUCCAUUUUUUUCCUCGUAGUUAUUCACGAUACGUCAUCGUACUGCAAUUCGCUGCAUUACGUCAUCAUUCUGCGACACGCAUUUUGUAAACAAUAGUGAGCAACUGCUGGAUUUACUUGGGGAAACUCAUGGAUAACCUUGUCAAGGUAAGUUUUAACCUCAAUUCAAAUAUGGACGUUAAUUCGCCGAGUAAACAUUUGGUGCUUUUUAGCCUCAAACAAGCUCGCGAGUUAGCAUCAAACGUUAGCCUAACGGCAGGUAGUUGCUCACUUGUGUCUCCCACCUCCAUCAUUAUGUCUUAAUGAGCUGAAACACGAUUCGAGCUUUAAGUGCUCGAGCUCCAGAUCACACGAGAUAUUACCAUACUUUGUCCCCUCUACUGGCGUGUACACGUGCUCAUCCAUAAUGUUGGUCUCAAUCGCUUCCCAAAGGUAAAGAAAGAUAAGCUGUUGAACUGAGGUCUGGUGACUGUGGAGGUCAGCAACGGGACUUGGGCGGACUGUCGAGUGUAAAUGACGCUCAUUUGGUGCUAAGGAGCUCAGUGUGUGCCUUGAAAAUACCCCUCAUACUAUUUUACCAGCAGCAGCAGUCUGAACUGGUGAUUGAAGGCAGGGUGGAUUCAUGCUUUCAUGUUGUUUAUGCUGGUUUCUGACCCUACCAUCUAAAUGUCAUGGCAGUAAUCAGGACUCAUUAGACCAGUUUAUAUUUUCCAAUCUGUUACCGUCUAAUUUUAGUAAGCCUAUGCAAACUGCACCCUUAGUUUACUGUGGUCCAGAGCAUCCAGUGUGGUCUUCUACUGAAAUAACACAUGGUCUUGCUUUUUGUGUUGUCAGUUGAGAGAUUGUCUGCUGCAUAAAAUGGUCUAUUUCAGCUCGAAUCACUCUGGCCAUUCUGCCCUGACUUAUACCAUCAUUAAGGCAUUUGUGUCAGAGAAGGACAGCUUUUCACCUUUUCAGACAGUUUUUUUUAAUAUACCUUAGAGAGGAUUUUGCAUAAAAAUCCCAGUAGAUCAGCAGUUUCUGAAACUCACAGCAGUCUGGCACCAACAACCAUGUCAGAUUCAAAGACACAUCACCUUUCUUGCAGGUUAAAAUGCUUGGUUUGGACUUCAGCAGAUUGGCUUGGUCACGCCUACAUGCUAAAAUGCAUUGGGUUUUUGCCAUAUAACUGGCAGAUUAGAUAUUUAUAGUAAUAAUAAUACAUUUUAUUCAUAAGAGCCUUUCUGGGCACUCAAGGACACUUUACACAGAAAAAACAGUAGGAUAAAAGCAAUAGAGAAAACAAAAUAAAACGGGGAAAAAAGUAUAUAUAUAUAUAUAUAUAUAUAUAUAUAUAUAUAUAUAUAUAUAUAUAUAUAUGUCUGUAUAAAUAAAACAAACAAAAACAUGACAAGCUAAAUUAUAAGGAAUGUGCUUAUCUUAACAGGUGGGUUUUGAGUCUGGAUUUUAAGAGAGGGAGAAAGUCAAUUUUGGGAAUGUCAGGUGGGAGUGAGUUCCGGAGAUGGGGAGCAAAGUGGCUUCUGAAUGAUAAGCUUAAGAGGUGUACAGAAAAGUUUAUUGGUGAGUGUAAAUGCAUCAUGUUUGAUCAAAUGUGACUCUGUUUCCUCAGGUUCAUGGAGGAGGUGGCUAUGACUCUGACUUCAGUGAUGAUGAGGGGCAUGGAGAGUCCUCAGAGAGAGGACUUAAAAGGUAAAAAACAACAACAAAGAACUACGUAUCCUGGAUAGAAAUCAGUCUUGGUUGUGUACUGGUGAUUAUUUCAUCCUCAAAUGGAUCAAACCAAGUCAAAUAUGACAAAGUCAAAUAUGUGAUAUAAAGGCUACUCUUUUUUUAGAUUAAACAUGAGGUCUUAUCCUUCCAAAUUUAAUUUUGUCUUAAGCGUCAUAACAUUAGAGGAUAUUUUUGACAGUAUCUUUCACUAAACUUUUUGUGUUCAUUUGUACUUGUUGCAGGAAACGUGAGGAGGAAAUUCUACAGAAGCCUUUUCAGAAAGGUCGGCACUCCAAGGUGGCGCACCGGAGUUUACACUGCAACGAAGUGGACAGGUACCUUGAGUGUGCAGUGAAAUAUCUUCAUCACAUAGCCCAACGUCCCAUGCAUUUUACCUGUUUAUGUCGCAAUCAGAGUCAUUUCUGGUAAUGUAUAAGGACUGCAGCCAGCAGUGAAAUAAAAUGAAUCAAUCAGCCUCAACUUUAUUUGUAGUUUAUAUAGUGGCAUAAUGUAUGACUCAAUUAAAAUGAGAGGUAUCCAAAUUAAAUUUUUCUUGUUUUAAAACUUAUCACUACCCCAGCAUUUAAUAUAUGUGUCAAGCAAACUUAAAUUACCUUCCAGAGAAGAUUUUUGUUUUAUAAAUUUAUGCCUUUAAUAAAAACAAAUGAGACCAUAAUUCUGUGUGUCGUGAUAGUCUUCUGUUGGCCCAUUGUUCUAGCUUUUUGUUCCAUUUUAAAAAGUUAUGGGAACUUGAGCUUGAAAGAAAAGGCUGAUUUAGUCCUAUCUCAUUGUUACCGCAGAAUGAGCCCUCUGCUUUUUUACCUAACAGCUAUACAGAACAACCUCAGUUAAAAGAAGUAGGAAUGCUGUGGCAAUGGAUAACCACAUCUGUUUUGUGUUUUUCAGAGAGGAAGCAAGGAACAGAAGAGCUCACCUGAUAUCAAUGAAUGCUGUAUCCUUAAACAGUGUCAGAUUGAAUAGUGUUUAGAAGCAGAUAUACUGUAGAAAGAUUGAGAUAAAUUUAGAUAUAAAAUAGACAUAUUUGAAAUUUUUUGUCAUAUUUGUCAAAAAAACGACCCUUAGCAGAUGCCUUCAGUUUGAACGCCAUAAGAAGUUUGUGGCUGACUACAUACUUUACUAUGGCGGACAGGCGGCUGACUUUAAACGCUCGAGGUAAGUUUUGUGUCACACCAUGAGGUCAUCUGCUGUCACUCUGGCUAAAACUUAUCAUGAGGUGUUAACCACAACAGUCUCUUUUUCAUGUGUUGCUCUCAUCAAAUAGUAACUUAAUCAGAAUCUAUUAAAUCAGUUAUCUAUUUUAAAGUGUCUCUUUGUGGUUCUACUAUAUCUACUGUUUCUUACCUCACAGAGCGAACGACAAGACAGAUCAGGAUGUGCUGCGAGAGAAUCACCGCUUCCUCUGGAGGGAAGAAGAUGAGGACAACAUGACAUGGUAAUAACACACAUUAGACUGCUUUGAUAUACAGUGUACUUGUUACUAGUUAUUGGCUCAUUCUCACUGUUCUCCUCCCAGGAGGGCAGGUUGACCUCUGAAUCCAAAAUUAUUUCAUGCUGACAAAAAUUAACUUGUUUCAGAUUCGUUUGGGCUCUCUUUUUCUGUCUCACACUUCUAACCUCAUUCUGUUCCAGGGAAAAAGAGCUCGCCAAGAAGUAUUAUGACAAGCUGUUUAAGGAGUACUGCAUCGCUGACCUCAGCAGAUACAAGGAAAACAAGGUGGGAGACAUGGCAGCAGCAGAAGGCGUUCAGAAAAUGUCAAACUUACGUCAGUAUGGACUGUAACAGUUGGCACAUGUCACCUGGUGAUAGGUUCGUGUUUUGACCAAAAUAGCUCAAUGUUUUGAAGUCUCAUCUCUAUUAAAAUGUCAAAAAUAAGAAGCCAGCCCCACAAGAGAAGACAAAUAUGGAGGGAAAUAUCACACUGUUUGCAGACACCACAGCCAUCUAAUAUAUCAUCAUCCCUUUUGCAGUCAAAUUAAUUUUCCCAGGGGUGGUUUCAUGGGUGGAGGUUAAUAUUUUAUAAGUCAGACACAUUCACCUCCGCCAGUGCUGGUCCACUUCAGAUAAAUGUUCAGGGUCUGAUGUGUUUUGGCGCUGUGCUCGGUCUCUGGUGACCAUGGGCCACUUUAGUUUGAAGCCAGGCUUUAAAACCGACAAUAUGUGGAACCCAAGGGCAAUCGCUCCAUAGCUGCACUGUAAUGUGUAAUGAUACUGCACUCCUUUAUUUUUCCAGUCAUCUGGUAUCUCAAAUUGAUGCCACAGUGACUGACAGAUGACACACACAUGCAUGCAGACUGAUUAAAAACAAGUAGAGGCCUUGCAGUUACGAUUGAAAAUGUCAUGAUUUAUUAUCCAUCUCUGCAGCUAUUAGUCCAGUUGGCUCAAAAUGUGCCGCAAAAACCCAGAUUUCCUCACAAAUUAUUCAUAGCUGUUAAUGACUGCAAAUGCAGCACUGAGUUGCAUCAUUCCCACAAGUUUAGUCAAAUUUUGAUCAGCUGUGUUGGCUAAAUGAGGUGUGACAGCGUGCAGAUGCCUGCACAGACAGAGAGUGUGCUGUGAGAGCUGUGUAACAGCACAGGCAGAAUACUAAAUACUGCUGUCCAAUCACUGCUCACUGGUGCUUCUUUUCAAGUAUGGGAGACGCUGCACGAAUCAGAUUAAUAGUGAAGUGGUGAUGUGUAUGAAAGGCAUCCAUUUACAUGAAGACGUGACAGAAACAUUUAGCUUUACGUGGGUAUGUGCUUUAGAGCUUUGGAAACUCUGAAAAGCUUCUACAGUACCAGCAGUGACCCUGACACACUGAAUUAUUCAAUCGAAAUAAAUACUGUUCAGCACUUCUCGCUUUACAGAAGCAGAGCAAACACUGAGCUUUGAAAAUAUCCUCUGAGAAAAAUUUGCAAUUAUAGCAAAUUAUUCCAGCAAUUAACGGGAAUCUUUUUGAAUUUGUGCCAAACAGUUUGGAUUUCGCUGGCGGACUGAGAAUGAAGUUGUCUCUGGCAAAGGUAUGGCUUUGACUGACUUUAUAUUUAGUUUAAGUGAAAUGUCUGUGUUUGUUUUAUGUCUUUUCGUUCACUCUGCCUAUCAUCACUGUAGAUUGUGUUGAAACAUGGACAACAGACAGCUGCCUCCAAAGUGAAACUGAAACUUUUAUUGGCCACAGCAGGGGUCUUACAGCCCGUCUUAAGCAUAGAUUAUUAAACUAGGGCAUUAACAGUGUUAGAUCUUAUACUGAUUAGUGUGUAAGUGCUUUUUUUUUUUUGGUUCAUGUUUAAUAAGUCAUUUAAUCCUGGAAAGAGAUGAUGCAACAUCAUGAUUGACACCACAAACACUUAGACAAGAGUCAUUGAACUUUAGAUUACUGAGUGUCCAUGUACAAUAAACAUUGAAAUCUUUUCUGCUGCAGACUGCUCUGACCUGGUUGGUAAAUUAUGUUUGUCUUUUGAUCAGCUGUAUGUCAGAGAAAUCCACACAAAGAAGAAAUCUUAUUUUAAUUACAUCAUGUGAUGUUAUCUACUCACUCCUUAGUUAGGUCUGCUUUUAUUCAAACAACUUGAAUUAGUUCCCCUAAUUUCCCUCUGCUCUGUUAUCUCCCUUUUUCCCCCUUCACACCGCACCAUCCUCUUUUUAUAUACAUAGCAGCAUGUGUUGACAUGUCUCUUGACGUUUUUCUCACCCUUAAGUGUUUGAUAUUUCCACAGUUUUCAUUAGCGCUAAAUUUUACAGAGGUGAACACUAACACCACACUCACCUGUAAACAUAACAGGUGAUUAGCACGUCUAAAAGGAUUGCUAAUGAUCAUUUUGCAACACCCUAAAAGAAGACUGUGUGGCAUGAUAUUAUGAGCAACCAGCGGCAUAUAACUUAAAAAACAGAGGUCAUUAAUGGGAUGGAUGUACUUAAGGACCUCUGUCUUAUUAAAAUCACCAUGCAUGUGUCAGACGACCAGAGAUCACUGAGUUAAUUUGAUUGGUAAAAGACGAUUCCUGUUCAAAGAAGGCUGUUAAUGUUGUUUUUCUUCGAUGAACAAGCCGCCAUGUAAGUAUACUUGGCCGAAAAUAUGUAAAUUUGAUACCAAAUUAGCAUACAGGACAGAUAAACCACGGACAGGUGUAAUGAAUAACAAUUAUCUCUUCACACCUAGAGUGGUUUUGAAUAGGUUAGGCAACAGGUGAACGUUUUGUCUCCUUCUGCUAAUAUUGCUGCAACCAUUUACACUUUUCUCCACUAGGUGGCGACAGAGAUGUAGAAAAUUCAGAUGGCAGUAGAUGCAAUUCAGGGGACAUUUCCCAACACGUCACUGUCAGAGGAAAAAAACAAUCUCUCACUUUACUUUGAGUCAUUUCACCUUCAGAACAGCAUCAAAAGUCUUAAAUGUAUAAGACCCUUCAAAUUAAGUUGUCUAUUUUAGAAGCUUUUUUUACUCCGUACACACAAAUCCUCCUCAGUCCGUACCUUUUUUUGUUUGGUUUGUAAACACCUCACUUCCAGGAGCCUCCUUCUAUCUUUGUACUCAUAAUGAAGCUCACUUUAACAGUCUGGCAGCACUUCCAUGAUCAGGGUCUAUUAACUGUUCAAGAUUAGCACCUCAUCUGUGUACGGCUCCUUCAUGUGACACCGACUGAUAUUUAUAGCUUUACCUGAAGGGACAUUAUCUUCAACUCUCUCUCUUGAGUUGAAACCUGCCCUGACAGCUCAUUGAUAUGCUCUGAGACACAAACACUCUCACACACACACAUGUUUACAUCAAUGCAGCCUCACAAAUAUACACAGUAUGUCUGAGGGAGCUGACUAAGCCAAUAUAUUGUUCCAGAUUAAGACUCUGUAAUCCUGGUCUGUGACAGUUCACCCCUGCAGCAAAACUCGACAGGAAGUGGAUUAGAUUAGGUCAGAGGCACUUCACUUCCACUGUCGCGCCUGUGAUUUGUGUACAUUAACAAGAGACAUACUUCUUAAGCACUAUUAAGAGUGCAGGGCGGUAAAAUCAAUACUCAUCUAAUCCCAACGUCCUCACUCAGAGGUCGAGGAAACAGUGGGGCAAAUAGAAAGUUUGGACUGCUCAUGAUGGAAGUUUAUGGAAGAAGAAGAGUAAUUCAUGAGUACAUUUUAAUUUUUGUAUUUGAAGGACAAUAAAAAGUGUCAUAUAAGUUAAAAAAGUAGUUCUUUUGGUUACGUCCUGAUCAAAUGUUGAGUCCAGGCCUUUUAAGAUGAUGAGACUUCACUUCUUAUGGAGAAAAUUAACACGACUGGAUAUUUCCUUGUGGACUACUCCAGUAUCUGCUCAUAAAGGGCACCGCACUUCAGCUCUGACACUGACACUGUUUUUGGAAACGGUGCCCUUAUCAAUCCUUACUAUCUGUACACCUCAGGUCAUGUUGGUGUUAGGUAACGCUGACUGGUCCUCAACCAAUCAAGUGGAUAAAGAGGAGCGCUGACCUUCGCUAUUUAAGGCAUUAAUGUGGCAUGAUUUGGAUCAGUAGGCAGUUUGAAAAAUGUAUUUUUUUUUCUUGGGUGAAGAUUUGUACUGACUGCACAAGAACUAUUGAAGAAUUCAGAUCUACUCUGUGUCGUGAUCAUCCUCCUCUUCUUCUGCUUUUAACAUUAAUCAAAGAACAGCUAAUGGAAGCAUUCAGCAACUUUCAUUCAGCAACUUUCCAACCGCCACUAAUGGUGGAUAAAUGGAAAAGCAUGACAAUGGCCAGAAAAUAUGGAAAAAAGUAUGAAUGUAUGUGGAAGGUCUUUCAAUACUGCAGCAGACGGAGAUGUGGGGUGUUGAGACAUGCAGGCACUUCAUUCCAACUGCUGUUUUUUCACUGGAUUUCCCUUCUGGUUUACAUUCAGCUUGAGUCUCGCUGUCAAGGGGAGGUUAAAGGACAAAGGUAGUUGAGGCCAGGCUUAUUUUUGGUGGGCCUCCUGUCAAAGUAAAUGGAGUGUGGUCUUACCUUAUGUAACUUCCUUGUGUUUAAGAAAAUGGCUUCAACAUGCUUCACUACCACACUCUGACUUACAGUGUUGGAGUCAGCUUUGACCCACCUCUGCCACCUUUAUUUAAGUCACAGUGUGUACUGAAGUGAGAGGCCACUUCAAGCCUGCACUGUGACUUUAUGCUUUUUGUCAGUUAUUGACUGCUGUUAGUAUUUAUUUUGGGGUUUCAUUUGAUUACCCAACUCACAUUGUCUGAUUUCUGACAUCCUGAUUAAAAUUUCCUCUGCUUCCUUACUGUCACAUUUUUAAUUUUAUCCAAUUUAAUCCUUGAAAUCAUUACAACUCUGAUAGAAACAAAAUAAAUGAUAAAUUCAAAGGUGAACCUCAGUUUUUUUUAAACAAUAGCUUCAGUCUGGCCUUGGUUUUAAUAUAAACUGGAUUUGUACUUUGUAAAGAUGUCCUGCUGGGCUCUAUUGUGCGAGGCAGAAUAAAUCAGCCUCUGUGGAGUCAUUUCUAACUGUUAGAAGUGAUACCUCAUUAGCCCACAGGCCACAAAGCUUUCACAAUUGCUUAGUCUAACAAUAGGGAAUGCUGAUAACUCUGCUGUUGUUGUUUUUAUGUGUGUGUUUGUGUGUUUAUUGUGUUUUGGCUUGAGGAAUGAAGAAAUGUAAGUAUUCCUCAAUAGUCUGCAAAGACAGAUUAAAUAUCCAUCUCUUCAUACCUAUAGGAUAAGCAAAGUCAAUGGUCACAAACUAAGUACUGAGUUAUUCGAAGUUGGAAAAUACUGAAGUGAACUUCAGGUCAGCCUUCUAGGAGUACUUGUUAGUUUGAAAAACGGACAGAAAAAGGCUAAAUCUGAUCUAGAGUCAGAGGUUGGAGUGUGUGGUUGGUUCAGCCUUUUUGGGAUGCUUGUUAUAUAUCUAAUUUUAAAAUCUAACCCGCUUUAGGGGCAGCUAGUGUGGAUUGAAGAGUGACUCCUAUAGGCUGAGAGUUUAUCAAAGGUGCCGUUUUGCAGCCAGCUCUGAAUUCAAACGUUCGACAACUGCUGCACAUGAAUGUUAAAGACAGAUUUUUCCAGCAGGUUUGCCAUAUGAAAUCUAUUUGAUGGGUCUUUUUUUUCCCCUUCCUUUAGCGGUAUUAGUUGAAGAGUUUAUUAUGCUUGUUUCUGGUGGAAAUUAGUAUGGUUUUACACAGGCAUAGAUCUGUUCUCCGAGCCUGUGAUGUUGAAGGGGUAUUUUAAAAAUUUGGGUUACGUAUGUAUGCAGACUCACUUUCUGGCUAUCUCAAUGAGAAAUACAGAAGGAGAUAAAUACCAUACCCAUUUCUGAUACCAGCACCCAGUUAGAUAAAAGCAGAGUGUAUUUAUUUAAAGGUCAGCAUAAUAACUCAACCUACAUAAUAACUUACUGAAAAAUGACAAAAACUCCCCUUCAAUAGACUCCUGACACUCAUGGUUAUCAUUUAGUGGCUCAUGUGCUAGCGUUUGUUACAUAUUUGAUCACAGUGUCACCUCUGCUCUGCUCAUCUGGUGCACACAGCACCUGCAGGACUCACACUUAUCAACAGAGCUGUCAAUCACGCAGCUACAUUUUUUUCAUAGCACAAACUACAGUGACUAAAUCCACGUCUACACAUGAAAAUGGUUUUUUUGACAUGUAUUUCACCUUUAUACUUUUUCAUUUUUUUGACUCAUGUACCACCUGUCAACAUAGAGGAAGCAGGUUAUUUGUUUACCCACUUGGUUGCCGAGCAACGCAUCAAAUUUGCCUCAAACCCCAGUGUACAAACUUAAAGUGGAUGCAUGUGAAACCAUGUUGACAAAUUCGUCCAACUGAAAUCGCUCUUAUUCAAACUUUUCAUAGUCAGACUAACAAACUGUGAUAAUGAGGCUGGGGAUCUAUUUUCUUCUCCAUGUGUAUGGCUCAAUCAGGCCUAAAUGUUCUGCACAUGCUCCAGCAUUUGCACGUCAGGCUUUGAGCUGGAAGUUGAAUAGCAUGAAUGUGUUGCGAACAAAACCUCAGAGGACGAUGAAAGAACAUGAAUAGACCAAACUUUCUGAAAGCAAAAACUCAACAGUACAUAGCUGUAAAAGUGACGUACAUCCUGUAGCCCCUUGCUAUUGAGCUGCAUCGACUGUUUCCAUCUGCUAUCUGUUUAUGUCCCUGUCCAUUGUAGCAAGAUUUUAGAUACUCGUGAAAACAGGAGUCUAUAAUCUCAAAGGUCAGGUUAAAUAAAAUCCACAGACAGUUUAAUACAUACAGUACUCAAAGAGGGAGUUACUAAAUUACCCUAGCAUGUUGAACUAGAAUCUUUCUCUACAACAGGCCUGGCUUUACGUGAACUCAGUAAACUUUUACGGCUUUCCAAGAGUGAUGAGAAAGUGAAAAGACACCAGCUCAGCCUGUCACUAUCCUGUGACUUCAUCCAGUGAAUGUUGACCAUUCAACCAUCUGUUCUGUGCUGUAUCCGUCCUGAUCUUGGCCUGCUGGUUGGUGGCAUUAGUGGCCAUUGACGUAGGAGGACAGGAGUUCCCUCACUUAAUAGGUUUAGCCAGUCAAACCCAAUGCUGGUCCUUUUCGCGGUGCAUGUGAGGCUCCCAUGAUGUGUGAGGAUACCCGCCGCUUAUCAACAAAACACACUGAUCCUCUUUUUUUAAUUCUUAAAGGUCUUCACAGCGACCCACACAGGAGCUUCGGUGUAAAGCCUGUAAGCAGGGAUGCUCUGUACGACACUAUUUUGAAAAUCUGCUUUCUUAUCAUUGCAACAGCGGAUGAAGUUGUGCUUCAGUAAAUGUGUGACCAGGAGGCUGAAAACUAUUAAAAAUGGGAGGACUUAUUUCCCAACCUUGAUUACUUUAACUCUGACAUUUAUUUGAAAACAGCUCACCCAGGAACUUUCUUUUUUUUUUGUAGCUUGAGGGUCAUUCACUCUCGCCUUGUUAUAACCUUGGAAUAUUUCACUUCCUUUUACACUCAACACAGAGCUGCCUCGCCGCUGCAGCAAGAAGAUUCAGUUCUUUGUUCAAGGGCGCUCAGUUUUGUUUCGAAAAAUUCACAAGCCUUUUAUCUACUCUCUUGGUGGAUUAAAACUAGAGAGAGUGCAUCACAAGAAGUAUUUGAUUGUUUUGUGUGUGUGUGUGUACAAGAGAGUAAGAUGUCAUGGAAGAAUUCCAGCGCGAUCGUGAUUGACGUCACUGAUGAUGGUAAAGGAGUGUCUCAAGUCUCCUGGCACCUGUCCGUCCUCAUGGCCUAGUGUUGGCUCAGAGUUGAUAGGAUGACCCGUCCAAAGUCACACCCACAUAGAGUCUGAAAAAGUGUGACUCAUCGAGGUUUUAAAGGGACCCUUUUGAUUUAAAGUCAAUACAAGACAUCGACUUGUGUGAUUUUAUAGUUGCUGCUUUUAGCUUUAGUGUUUACGGAAACUUAAAUUUGAUUACUCUGUUGAGCCUAGUUUCUGGGUACAGCAUUGUCCGGUUACUUUGCAGAUUAGAGUACAAACCCUGUAACACAAGAACAAAUCCCCUGUAUAUGUGAGCCAUUCCCUCAGAAGAAUUUUUGACUUUGUUGAUUCACUGACUUUUUUUUUAAAAGAAUUAGUCUUGGGCUUUUCUGGACAGAGCAAGGAAACAGGGCAAGACGGUCAGGAAUGACACAUGUGAAAGGAUCCACAGGUCAGACGCAAACCCGGGCUGACUGCUCAAGGCGUCACCUCCAUACAUGGCGCACAUAUAGUCCCCUAGACCAUUUAUGGCCAGAUUCACAAACUUUAUGACGUCAAAUUUAAUUGGAAGAAAACUGGCCUUCCUUUCCUCUGAACCUACAUUAACCAGCAGUAAAUUACAAUAAACACUGAUGGUGUAUCCCAACAAAUCAAAUUAAAAAUGAAGGACUAAUACAUUUAGGAGACAAAGUCAUCAAGACAAGGUGGGAGAGGCCCCCUUAUUUUUAUUAUUUACUGGGGUUCCUAGACAUGCGAGGUAAGGGAGCUAACAUUUUACUAAAGGUUGUAUUUGCUGUGAUGGAGAAAUGUUUUAUUUUAUUUCAUUUACAUUUAUGCUGAUUCAACAUCUUUAUUUUCAUCUACUUAUGUUGAACAAAACAUAUUUUGCAUUGUGUUUGGGUGAAGGAAGAAAAAUCAUGUACUUCACUGCACUAUCAUAAAUGUAUGUUGGCAUUUAAAAGCACUGACCUGUCUUUUUUUAUCAAAGGCAAAAACUCCAUCUCAUAUGUGGGCCCAAGUGUUUAUUUUUAUUUGGCAUUUUUUUCCCACUAGCAGGGAAAGGCCAUCGAUUCUUUUUCUGCCAUACCAAACCGUCCAAAAGCUGGUAAAUAACUGCUGAUGUAAACUCUUUACACAGCAUAGCUUUUGUUUCACAAUUUCAAGUCACAUAAAAUAAAACAAGAAACCCAAACUGAACCUUUUAGUCAAGAAAACAUCUUUAAAAACCACCUAAAUUUAGGGCUCUACUGUAAACUAUAAUUUUACUUAUUUCUUGCACUUGCUUGAAAAUAAUAUCAGGCCAUCCUAAAUAUAGCUGCAUCCCAUCCCAGGACUGGUGCCAGAAGUGUCUUUUUUAGCCUACGUCAUGGGAAGCUAAUCUGAUAUGGCACGUGAUGAUAAAAUGCCACACAGCCCAAGUGGCCCAAAGCUAAGACAGCCAGCAUCAGCUCACCUGAAUGUUUACAGAGUCUCAGUCUUGGGCAGGUGAGGGCAGACAUCACUUUUCCUCUCUCAGAGUAAAGCAUUUCUCGCCCGUGUGCCAAGAAUGGACUGCUCUGACGCACAUACUCCCUCUGCUACAAUCUGGAGGAACCUUGGAGACCAGAUCAAUGCCACCCUAAGCUCCUCUGGGGAUAAUAGGCAGGCUGUGCAGCGGCUGGAGGGGAGCCUGAGGGAUGAGGCGAACUGCAGAAAGGGAGAUGAGAGGGGGCAGAGGGAUAAGAAGAAAGGGGUGUAGAAAUAGACAAGAGGAGAGGCGGGAUGAGGGGUUUGGAUGUAGCUGUGCACAAACUGUAGUCUUUGGAGACUUAAAAACCUGCAUCCUGAAAUACAAUGUUUGCCUUUUUAAAAAAGUGUUUCAUCCUCUUCUAUAUGUUUCAGUUCUGCUUUUCCUCAAAACUCGCACUUUACAAACUUUUACACAGUAUUUGCACAUUCACUGUCACCAGCAGCACUUCAUGUUUUACCUGCUUGUAUAUUAACUUAACCUGUUUCUCCCCUGUACAGCUAGAUCACCACAAGCUUCUUAGGUUUUAUCCCUGAUUUUACAAACUGCUUCUUUUACCAGAACCAACCACAUUUUAGUAUUUAUGUAUAGUUUAUUGUUGUCUGUUGGGGUGUCUUCUAUUUGCACUCCAAGUCACCUUAAAGAUAAGGUUUUUGGACUGAUGUUAUGUACAGCUUUUGUGUAAAUGUAGGCCGUGUCUGUUCUGGUUAUUCAGGUCAGUUCCAGUGUGGGAACAAGCGUUGUGAGAAGGAAGAAGGCCUAAAAAGCUGGGAGGUGAACUUUGCCUACGUUGAACAAGGCGAGAAGAGAAACGCACUGGUGAAACUCAGUAAAUACCUUUUAUUGAAUUUUAUCUGAUCAUUCUUGGUUACAGGUGUGUGAAAAUGCGUGAGCAUGUGUGUCGAGCUCUGGCUGACUUGGAAUCCCCCUCUAAAACCAAGCUCAUAAUAAUAAUAAUCCUCCUUCAGGUAUCAUACUGCAGAAAAUCCUGUUAAUAUAAUUACAGUAAUUGGACGACCCACCUCCCAUAAUGGACUCAGUCAAGCAGGAAAUGACGGAAUCUUUUAACGAGCUAGAGCAACAGGUCACCCUCAGGAAGAUUUUUCUGUCUCAACCAAAACUGCUUUCUAAUUAUGUAUUCACUUUGGAAUCAGUGCUGAGACACAAAAACUGUUUUAGUGACAAAACACACUUUAAUCACCUCGAAGUAUUAGCUUAGUUUAUCACCUCAAUUUGUUAAAUGCUGGUUAAAUAAAUACCCCCACAUGAUUCUAACUGGCAAAACCCCUCACCAAGGAUGUGGGGUUAGGUCAAACUGAGACUGUAGCCUCAGUGCGCCUUAAUAGCUACACCAACUGGUACGACAGUCAGCUGUGAAAUCUUUGGGGCUGUUUUCUCUGCUGUGUUGUAUAAUACCUUUUUGAUCAACCUAAUUAUCAUUGAAUCAGUCAACUUUUGUUUCAACUUGGUUGCCCCAAAAGAAGUCUCACCUUUAAGGUAUGACAAGGCCCCUCUGCUUUGUGUCAAGUCCUGCUUACUCUGUUAUAGGGCUGGGCGAUAUGGCCUCAAAUCAAUAUCACAAUAUUUUGAGCAGUUCACCUCAAUAACGAUAAAUGAAAGAUAACUACUCCCCAAGCUGCUCACCCCCUCCCAUAUUAACUUCCUCUACUUCAGUCGCCGCUCCAGCCAUUACAACUUUUGAGUUGUCCUUCAUCUCCUCACCUGUCUUUUCCUCUUUCUUACGGACUGGAUGGGGUGGAGUCACGUCUCUGACAGUGUUUUAAAGGGACAUGAGAUCAUAGCCUCCCACUCACAUCCAAAACAAACUUUUAUUUAUUUAUUUGACACCAAAUAUAUUGACAUGGGCAAAAUGAUGUGGGUUAUUGUAGUAAAUUUCGGUAUCUGUAAAUGUUCAAUUUAUCACCCAGCCCUACUCUGUUACUCUUAGUACUAAGUGAAUCAUCUAGGAUGAAAAAAAACACAGUGGUUGUUUUAUGCAAAAUAACUUGUACUGACAGACAUUUUAAAAGUAAAGAAAACUGACAUGUGGAGGAUGGAGGGUCACACCUCCCAGACUUCAUAAUGGCUUCUUGUCCCCAAAGCCCAGCAUUGCUUCACCAAUAGCAGGGGGUGAACAGGGGAGCGUUUCAGUGCAGAAUCUGACUGCUAGAUAUUGCUUAAUAUCCCUGUUUCUACACACUGUACCUCAAACAGUGAGCAAUAAUCUUUCUAACAGAGUUAAACGGGGGUUCCACAGGGUUCCAUUCUUGGUCUUCCACUCUUUUAGUCUGUCCAAAUUAAUUUGUUUAAAAGCACCUGUUGCUGCAUUUUAACUAAGUACUUUAAAUACAGUAAAGCUUAUGGCCUAUGGUUGCUAACAAAAACAUAUAUUUUUUCUAGGAGUAUGCCCUGAAUGCUCAUUCAAACUCAACUACCAUCACAAGUAAGUGUAAUUAUUCUACAUCUUAUUGAAGUCUUACUUGAAAUGAAAUAUAUGCUGUCUGAAAAAAAGUGUCCAGAAUGUGUCAUGGUCUUUAAGGAAAGAGGCAGAUCACCUUGUGCAAUCAGCACGCAACAUUGCACAGGUUAAGGGUUCAAACUGUUAAUUCAAACAUGUGCUGAAUUGAGAGUCACAAAAGUAAAAGCAAGGUUUUAUUCACAUUUGAAGUUGAGUUAUGAUUUGAAAAGUCCUACUGAGUGUUCUUGCAGACUUUGUAACAAAGUGUAAAGAAAGGCCUCAUCCAUUAAAGCUUUAGCCAAGAUUUAUUCACACCACUUAGGAAAUGCCUUUGCUCCCCGAGGAUUUCAGAUUGCUUCAAAACAGCGCUGUACAAAUACAGUUUCUUUAAAGUGUGGUUUCCAUUUGCAGGAGGAAAGAGGUGAAAGCAAAGACAAAGACUAAAAGGUUUUCAGAGAAUCAGGAGCCACCAAAGAAGAAGAAGAAGCAAAAAAAGAAAUCGACGGGAGACUCGUCACACUCAAAAAAACACAAACGCAAAGACAAACACACGAGGCACAGAGGUAAGACUUCCCCAUUAAUGAGGGUGAUGAUCACAUCAUAUAGGACUGUAACAGCUUCUUUUGUUUGCGGAAAUGUUACCAUUCCCAUUUUCACGAGUGUUUGAUGCUUUUUAGUCGCAACAUUUUAUCUUUCAUCUAUGUUUCCCUAUAGAUCACUACACCUCUUCCAGCAGCUCAGAGGAUUCGCAAGAGUCAGACAAAGGUAGCGUUCAUAACUCUCUCUCACACACAUGCAGAAGCACCUCCCCCAUUUAAAAGGCACACACACACACACACACACACACACACUGGAGGGUUUAUGAUCUACUUCCCCAGGCCUCCAGGGCAUGACACUCCUCCUAAAUUCUGGAGUGAAAACACCCUGACAGACCUUUCUGGAAACCCAUCUUUUAGCCCUGCAGUUUAUAGCGAUGCACAGAGAGGAGGUCUGCUUUUUCUCACCUGUCUUUCACCCCAUUCCUCUUUACGUUUUUUUUUCAUGUUCUUUUGCCCUCCACAGUAAGCAGCAUGAAAAGAAAUAUGUCUUUUUUUUUCCCUAUUUCAUGGUGGAUGGAUAGGUUGGUGAGUGAAAUGGCUCACAAAAAUAAACCUCUGUCCAGAGGUUAUGUCACUGAGUUCAACAUGCAUUGAAGUCCAUACAAAAACACCCUCAGACCCACAUGCAUACUUUCUCAUCUUAGUUAAACAUAUCUGAAGCAGUCACUUAUGUAGGAAUCCUUAAAACAUGUCAGAUUUAUGUUAUGCAUUCAGUGACAGUCAAGGACUUUAGGGUUAUGGAGGCACUUUGUCUCCUGGGAACAUAAAGUGAACUGCAUGUUAGGACCACAUUGAGGGGGUUGUUAAGCUUGAGGUUUGGGCCUUGCCAUGUUUAACAAAAAUAGACUGCUAGGCCCAUAAUGAGGACCAAAUAUAGCACCGCACGAUUAGGUAGUAAUGAUUGGUCUUCUGAAUGAAGCACAAUGCAGUAUCAGCUAAGACAGUAAACCCAAAUUAGAACAGGCUGUCCUAAUGCGAACCAAGAACUGUUGGUGUUAUUUUGAUUUUGGUGGUUCCUGGUUAUUUACACAGCAAUUUAAAGGAUAUGUGUGAAAUCCUGGUCUAGGAACCCUAAAUUAGGGAUUUUGUGCAGAGAAAUAUAUUUUUUCUCCAAUGCAAUGCAAAGAAUGUCCAUCCUCAAGGGGAUGUUUGCUGAGCUCAAAGUGAAAGUAUCAGAUUAGCAUCCUCGUGCCCACCACUAAAUCACUGACCAACCCUUCGUUUAACUACCUGCUGUGCAAGGCUAAAGUGACAAAGGAGGGUUAUUCGGUUAACCCAGUUUCCGUUCUCUGAAAGCAUGACUGACAGCUUUCUAAAACUCUUCCUCUAGACUCUGAAACUGGAGAUAAGCCUGAAAGCCAAUCAGACGCCGACCACUGGCGAGGACCCGCCCCAGCAGUGGAGGAAAAGUCAAGGUGAGCUUAACAGCUAAUGUUCAUAUUAAACCACCCCCCAUAAGCUGCUGUAAAACCAUCAGAGACAGCCUUUAACACUCUGCUCAUACAUUACAGACCCCAUAAUAGCACAGCAUGUAGACCACCUAGAUACCUUUCACAAAGCUGUCCUGAACUGUGAGGAAGUCACUGAACCUCCAACUUGCUCAUGUCAUGCUUGUCACGGCAUUAGGAUUUCUGCUGAUUGAUAGCAUUGCUGAAAAGGCUAACAUUAUGGGGACAUGUUUCAAAAGCUCAAAAACUUCUCUGUCAAACAAUAACAUAUACAUAUAUAUAUAUACACACACGCACACAUGAUAGUAGUGAUAAUGACAAAGAAGUGUUAUGGUUCUAUGAGUAAGAUGAAGCUUGGUACAGAAAAUGAUAGAAUAACUAUAUGGGGUACAAGGAACUACACUGUCUUAUUCAUCCUUCGUUUCAUUCAGGUUGCUGUCUUUUCACUCCAUGUUUGCCUUUAUGUAAAUUGUCUCUAUUUUUGAUUCCUUGUUAUUUUAGAGCCUGAGUCAAAAGCAAAUUUGAUUUAAAUCAAAGCAUAGUGCUUUCUGUGCCAGCUAUUCAGGGGGCACUAAUGCAAAGGAUAAAACAGUUUGUGUCAGCACCUUGCAAGACAGGAAAUAACUUCUCUGAUUUUGUUUGUUUUCAUCCGUCUAGAGAAGAGGAGUUUGACGACUACUUUGAAGACAUGUUUCUUUGACUCCGCCACUAUCGGUGACACCCUGCUGUGACUACACUUCUGUCUGCGCCUCAUUGACAUUUAAAGCGUGUUCUGUUUGACUGUAUGUUUCAUUACUUAAGCAGAAAUAAACUUACUGCUCACCUUGUA